UAGACGAAGUGGCUAAUUUUGAAGUAAAAGAUAAAACGCGAUAAUCCACAGUUAAUAGAAGACGGUCUACACCUGAACAGCGGGCGUGACGAAGAACGCUUUGCCCGAUUUUCGGGUGGUUCGCCUCGCGGAUCUGCCUGCAUGCAGGCUAGAGUUGGGUAGCCACAAUAUAUCUGAAUUUCAAUAUCUAUUUCAGCAUUGCCGUGGAAGUGCGAUAGAAGACGUCUUGAACAAUUGUGAAAUUCAUACAUGGAGGUACGAUUUUACUCUUUAUUCUACAUAGAGAUACAAGAUAUACAAUACCACAUAUAUGUUAGACUAUUUUUGUUUAUGUUAUUUCCCAAGCCACUUCAGUGGGUUCUCGGAAAAAUUUAUGAAUAUCUAUUGUGACUAGUGAGAAUUAGCGCAAAAUAUCUUGGCUGAUAGACAGCGGCAAGCCGAAGAUGCGUAACGAUAUUUUUGCUGCGACGGUGGCGCAACGGUUGAAUAUUGCAUUGACGUCGCACAAGUUGGCUACACCUGCCUCUUGUGGCAAUGCAUGAUUUAUGACUCAUUUAUAAUUCAUUUCAUCAGAUGACCAAGAAACCUUGACCACACCCACUGACCACACCCACUGACCACACCCACUGACCCCACCUCCCAAUUCUCAGCCAUCGUGGCUCAAAAUGAAAUAGCCUGCAAAUGAAAUGGUUUGAAUUUUCGGCAACGCGGCAGGAAGGUUCGCGUUGCCGUCGCAAAGCAUGCCCGAACAAUUUCUCUCUCGCAACAGCAAUGCUACGAUUUUACCGCGAUUGAAUUGCGAUCACCAGACAAUAUUGCCAUGUAUCGGUAGCUUGAAUCAAAUGAUCGUAAUGUUGCUGUUCAGAAUUGCGCUAAACUUGUUCACCAAUAUGGCGGCCAAACUCUCAAAAUACUGCGGUGGUGUAAUAUGCCUUUUCUUGUCACGUUCAUGCAAAUUCAUGCUGAAGGGUCCUCAAGAGAUCAAAAUUAGAAUUUUGAUUUGCUCGUUAGAAAAGUGCUUAGAAGAGCUAUGAAAAGAGAGGAAAAGAAGCGACCACUUUGAAAAUUUGUUUGACUUCUAAUUUAGAGAACGCGCAUGCAAUUAAAAUGAAGUUUUGCCAAGCACGCAUCUUGCCAAAUGAGUUGACGCGAGAGUGCGGGAGAGAGUCUUAAUAGGUCGGAUAGGGAUGAAAAAAAGCUGAUGCAGGAUUUUGGAAAUGUUAUUUUUUAAAUGAAGUAUAGGGUACUUCUUAGUAUGCACGUAUAGUUCAUUACACCCAGAUAAGUUAGAGACACAGACCCACUGACAAAUCAAACAGACAAAGUAUAUGUAAAAAUUGUUUAUUAAAGAUGUGAAAAACCCUGAGUAAUAUGUACAGUCACAGUGAAAUAUGUACAUUUAGAUUAUCUGUAUGUGGUUAAAAACAUCUUUUGAUAUAGGCUAGUGUAUCAUAAACCUAGUGGCAAGACCUCGAGUCCGAUUUGAAGGAGAGGAAGGGUUGGGCCGGAGCAGACCCACUUCGUUAAUUCUUGCACUUAUCAAUGAAAGUGGUUCAAGAUGGCAUUAGCCAAAACUUGUUAUCUUUUUUGAGGGACAGGCCGAUCAUAAGGUUCCAGUCCACAACCCAGCACUGAGACAUAUAGGAAGUUUUCGUGCCCUUGGUAGAAUCAUGGGACAUUCAUUUUUGCAUGAUGGCCCACCUUUGUGUGCAGGAAGUUUUCGUGCUCUUGGUAGAAUCAUGGGACAUUCAUUUUUGCAUGAUGGGCUGAUGGCCCACCUUUGUGUGCAGGAAGUUUUCGUGCUCUUGGUAGAAUCAUGGGACAUUCAUUUUUGCAUGAUGGCCCACCUUUGUGUGAAGGAAGUUUUCGUGCUCUUGGUAGAAUCAUGGGAUAUUCAUUUUUGCAUGAUGGGCUGAUGGCCCACCUUUGUGUGACGGAAGUUUUCGUGCUCUUGGUAGAAUCAUGGGACAUUCAUUUUUGCAUGAUGGCCCACCUUGUCAGAAGCUGUUAAGCACUACAUGCAAAAAUGGAGAUAUCUCAUCCAAUCCACCUCCUUUGGAAGUAGAUGAUAUUCCAGACAUUGACUUACAGCUACUAUUGAAGGAUGUAUGGCAUCUGUAAAUGUUACUGCUGUCAUUGAAUCCCAUGUGUGAAUAUGGACUAUUUUGUUUGAUCAGUAGGACCAAUAGACCUUUCCGGUAAUUACGUCACAACUACAUGGAAGUGAGGCUGAGGGGCCACGCAAUAAAGCACAAUUAAUUAUUCAUAGAUUGCUUGGCCACUCAGCCUUACUUCCGUGUAGUUGUGACGUAAUUAGACCAGAAAGGUCUAUUGUAGUUGACAUGUUUGACAAUAUAUUUACAUGUUUCUUUUCUAGUUUUGGAAAAUACGGUACAGCCGUACUUUUUACUCUAUCGCUUCAUCAGAAAAAAAGCAACCGUAACGGUUGUCUAAAUAACACAAGAAAUUGAUACAUAGCACGAUAUUUGCACAGAAUAUUUGCUAUAUUUUUGCUUAGCAAGCAAACACGUUUUAAAUUAGCGGAAGUAAGGAUACCAAAUGCUCGAAGCAACUAUAUAUAUAUAUAUAUAUAUAUAUAUAUAUAUAUAUAUAUAUAUAUAUAUAUAUAUAUAUAUAUAUAUAUAUAUAUAUAUAUAUAUAUAUAUAUAUAUAUAUAUAUAUAUAUAUAUAUAUAUAUAUAUAUUAUAAGUUCAAUAUAAAAUGGAUAUGGAUUUCCAGUGUUAACUGAAAUGGUCCAAAACAUCUCGCUGAAGCAUCUCAGUAUUUUCGAAGAACGAUGUCUGUUCUACACAGGCUUUUAGCCAGGGUCCUAAAAGAAGGCGUCCAAUUUUGGUACAACGAUACAUCUACCGGGGGGGGUCGAGAAAACGUUCCUCUGGAAAACCUUUGAAGUUUACGUUACUUCAUAUCAGUAUCUGUUCCAAGCUCGUUCGAAAUUUUUCAAACACAUUUGGCUUUGUGAGUUUGUGCCGCUACGCUUCUUUACUUAACUACGGCAUUUUCAUUCAGCCAGGUACACCAUCAAAUUGAUCGAAAUGUCAAAUGUAUAAUAAUAAUGAGAAUUGAAGCUAUUUCGUUUCAGAUAUAUUAAUAUACUUAGAAAAAUCAUUGAAAAAUAAUUUCCCUUUUCGCCAGAGUUUGGGCGUCCAAAGGCGUCCAUUUUCCCUUCUGGCUAAAAGCCUGGUUCUACAUGCUGGCGAAUUUUUUUUUAGAAUAAAGUGAUUUGAGGGGGAGAAUUUUCGAUUCCAAGUGCUUGUGCCAACGGAUCGACGAUCGGAAGUCGCUUGCCUCUAUCAUCUAUUAUGUAUACUAGUGGCGGCCGCCGCAACCAUCGAGUGUAAAGUCUCGGAAAAUAUUAGUCCAACAAAAGAGGAAUAAAAGGAGAACACACACAGGCAAGUAAAUUGCAUUUAAAAUAUAUUUAUUAUGACAUAUUUUUACCAUAAUAGACAUUACUAUACUGACCCUUACAAGAUUGGGCGGCCCUGUGGUGAUACGAGAUCGAAUUUCGAAAUACGUAGAACGAACGAAAUGCCGGAUUCAAUUGCCUAAUGCAAUAUUGUAACACGAGACAGAAUAACAAAAUGUAAUGCGUCAUAAUGAAAUGCUUCCUAUAUUAAAGGCCACGUUAAAAAAAAAUAGUUGUUUAGCGUCCACAUGAUGGAAACUCAUUUCACCAAAAUGCUCACCGCGCGCUCAGUUUUCAAGUUUCCCCCCUCAAAUUUUGCAUGCAUAAUGAUAAAUCAAUGCUGCAGCUAACUAGUUGCCACAAAUUCUAUAUCUUUAAAAACUGUACGUGCUACGGGUUGCUUUUGAGCCGCGAGAUUAGAACGCUUCUGAUAUACCUCAAAGGCUUCCGAAACAUAAUAUUUCCCAUCUCAAAUGAUCAAAGAGCAAAACCGUGUUGGCGUUUUUUGACAGAUAUUGUAUUUGCUUUGAUAUAAAGUAGACAAGUUGACUUGUCUAAAUUUUGGGAGAACGACAGAACAGAUGCCCAUAACUUGAAAAGUAUAGCACUAAAUCAAAAACGCGAACACGGUUUUUCUCCUGUACUAUUGUUCAACAUUGUGACAAAGUUUGGAGGGAAUCGGAUAAAACGUGCGCGUCUCUUGACUAUUUUUGUGGGGACAAUCUGAGAAUAUUUCAAUCUCCGUAAAAGACGAUAAUAGAUUUGGCGGGCUUUUCCCGCUCUCUGUAACUUAUCACCUCGAAAUGUAAUCGGAUUAAACUUAGUAAAGAGUGUUUUGGCAAGGGUUUUUCGUGUCAUUUAAUUAUCAGUUUAUCACAAACCGUACGUGCAAGAAACCAGAUUGAAAAACUUGCUAAUAUGCCGGUGAAACGCAAAUGUAAAGAGCCAUCUAAAUCGGCCAAACGAAAAUGCAGGAGAAGAUCUGUCGUGCGCGACGGAAACACAAGCAAGGUUGAAGGUCACACAUCCUGUGUCGAGUAUCACACAUCUAUCCACAUAUUGUCAAUUACAUUCACAACUUUCGUGGGCAAGAAAUUAGUGGUUAUAACAUAUGAAUAUUUUCGAAGGCGAUCGAGAGAUCUCCAUCCCCUGAAUAUGAAUCAAUAAAAAUGUAAAAAAUGAUGAAAUCAGUGUUUUCAUCAUAUAAUGUAACAUUAAACAGGCGUUUAAACAAGCGUUUAUUUAAUUAUUUGAGCGUUUUUGUGAACACGGAAGAUAAAAAAACUUUUAAGACCUGUUUACACUUUCAAUUUUUGCUGCGAUUUCUAGUACGAUUUUCUCCUGAUGGAUGGGAACGAGUAGAUGAGUUAUGAAUGUUCAGAUGAGGCUACGCGCACUCAAAACAUUUGUAACUCAUCUACUCAUUCACAUCCAUCAGAAGGAGAAAAUCGCACUAUUUCGCAGCAAAAAUUGCUAGUGUAAACGGGCCUUUAAAAAUCUAAUGUUUUGUCAUAUGUGUUGAAGAUUCUCACAAAAGUCUUAUGUUUUGUCACAUGUAUUGAACUUGAAGAUUCUCACAAAAAUCUUCAAACACGUAUCAAUGACAUGACAAAAAUGUCGCUUAAUUGCUCGCUAAUGUCACAAUGUAAAUAUCACUGACGUCCGCAGUGCAUGUUUCUGCUGACAAAGUCUGUGUUCCGGCUUAGAAAACCUAAAGUCUGUGUUCUAGAAAACCUUCUGCGUUCUUCAAAACCUUCGCUCAAUCUUCCAUGUAUACAAAAGGUAUUUUCGUCAGGAAGCCCCGUUUUUACGGACGAAGGCAUCUAUUUUCCAUCGUGUUAAUGUAGACGAUCGGAGAAAACUCAUGCAUUUAGGUACAAAAGUUUCAUAGGACGGCUCUUUAGAAUAAGACACACAAUUACUCGCAACUACUCCAAGCUAAAUAUCUUACUAAAUAUCUUGGCACUAAACAGCAAAAUAUCUUACAAAACUAUAUAUCCUACCUCCGUAGGCGACGUUGUCGCGUUGCUGUCUGCAUUAGAGCAAUUGCUAGAAGACAUGGUUGUCAUGAUACUUGGUGAAGAUGUUGUACUUUGACCUGCUAACGGCAUGCACAGUAAAAACGCCAUCAACAAUUGACAUAUCUCGUGUCUACGGCCCAAAAGGAUCAUUGUAAGUUCACUUUUAUAGCUGUAAGUAUAACCAAUGUUCAAGAUCUAAGUUCCUUUUAGCAGUGUGUGGUUCAAUUACAAAAAUGCUAAGUUUAUGCUGCCUCGUCCCCAGUCGCUUUCAAAGGGGGAGAGGAAAACGAGAAAAAAAUUAUUUUCCCAUCAUGCAUUGCCCGGUAACUUAUCACAGCCACUGAUCUAUAUAGAUUGCAAUUGCACUGGAUUGUUUCCAACAAAAGGGCCUGCGGAGGAGGCAGAAGUUUAUGUAUACACUGACUGUGACGUGUUUUGAAAUUAACCAAUAGAAGUGGGGGAUAAUUACUAACAUGUUGAAAGUGUUGAUCGCAUUAAAAAAUCGUUUCAAAGAUAAUCCGUUUAUUUCACAUGUGUUUUGCAUGGAUGGUAAAAAUAACACAUGGUGUCUUGUCGUGUCUUCAAACUGCUGUUUGCAAGCUACCAUUAGGCGUGCGAUUCUUUUCAUUAAAUGUUCAGAGCUUCAGAUGCGGCGCUCAUUCGGGGGCGGCGCUCAAUCGGGGGCGGCGCUCUUUAAAAAAAUCUUUUAUUUGUGAAUUAUAACAAGAACUUUUAACAAUAAAAUAAACGAGUUUUAAAUAUCUUUGUAAAUGCGGUAUGUUUACGUCAGCGCUUCCACUUGGAAGGAAAUUUCCUUCCAUAAAGAAAUAUAGGCUUGUGGAAGGAUAAAGAUAACAAAAUGCAGUUUGGAAGGAAAUCAGGGGGAAAUUUAGUCAUCUGGAAGGAAAAUGGAAGGAAGUUUCAAAAUUCGUAAUUUUUAAUGAGGCACUUAAAAUUGUAUGUUUUUACUUUCUAUAAACCAAAUUAAUUUAAACUUUGUUUUCACCUAAAUGGUAAAAAUUGAUCUAUAGGGAUAUGUGAGGAUAAAACAGAGUGUUUUAAAGUUAGACUGCUCAAUUCGCGAUUUUCCGUUUUUGCCAAUCGCCAUGUUUUGAUUUUUGAAAAUACUUCAGUUCCAAUUUUUUCAAACCAUAAGGCAUUGGCUAAAUACAUUGAGUCAUUGACAUUGUAUAUAUAGUGAUUAUGUAAUGAUACUGUAUAAUUAUGUUCAUAUAGCAACAAAAUAUUCCAGUUUUCGCAACUCGCAUAGUCGCAUGUCAAUUUCAAUCUUGUGCGUACAAUUACGAAAUGUCUAGUUGUGACUCGUAAUAUACUAGACAUAAAACAGCAUUUUCCUAUAGUGAAAACAUGUUUUUAACAUGUAUGGUAGUAACGAAUUGGAAGGAAGUCUGGAAGGAAAUUUCAAUAUUUUUGGAAGGAAAUUUUGCUUUAAGGAAGGAUAGAAAAGGGAUUUUCCAACCUCGUACCCAGGGUCUUCUUCGUGAUGGCGCGCGAAAAAAGAGAAGACCCUGGUAAAUACUGUUCUAAACUACGUUGUGAUUGGUUUAUACAUUGGCUUUGAGGAUUUUGUUACAAUAAAUAUGAUUGUUUUACCGCUAAUCACUUCCUGUAACAACAUAAUUAACAACAUAAUUUAUUAGUCAAAGAAUUAAAUAUACAUACAACAUUACAAGUGAUCACAUCUCACAGGAAGUACAUUUUUAUCUAUUGAUUCAUGUGAAAAUUAUGUAGUUCCACCGCUCCACGAGGGGUGCAACGGAAUCCGUUCAUAGUUUCUAAGCAUCUUUUGGAUGCUCAUCCUAUGGCCUACUUGUACUUGAGGGGGAUUACAGGGUCAAACUAAUUCGAACAUAGAAGAAAAAGUUUGACAAGUGCCUUCGAAGAAAGGGCGUUCACCAACCUGGGCGUUCGCUCGAAACGUCAAAGUCAGGCUUGUUAUGUUGUCCUGUUAAGUAGUUUCAUUCUGUAAACCCUCAUGUUUACAGAAUGAAACAAUGGUGUUUUACUGGAAACUAAAACGCUCGCAGAACUCAUACGUCACUGCAUCCGGGACCAGGUGCGCGUAUUUUCCGUAUUUCACCCCUGCGAGUGACAUACGAAGUUCGAAAAUUUCCCGCCAUUUUCAUUGUUGUUGUUUUGAAAAUACAAAUGGUCUUUGGUUCGUAUUUAAAACGAAAUUAACGUUGGAAAUAAAACGAAAACAUUUAAAAGACAUCUUGAGAUAAGUAAAAUUUAUUCUAGUUUUAUGCAGUUUGGACUAUAAUUUUAAAAAACAUCGCUUUUAUACUGGUCUUUCGCGUGCUUAUUUACAUGUCGUCUUUGUGUGUAUUUUUGUCACUCUGAGUAAGUCCAUAUAAUAAACAGAACAUUAAACGGUUGCGAGAAGAUAUGGAUUUAUGUUCUCGUGUCAAAAACAAUAUCUCAUUCGUUCGCUGCGCUCACUCGUGAGAUAUUGUUUUUGCCACUCGAACAUAAAAUCCAUAUCUCUUCGCAACCGUCUAAUAUCCUCUAUAUAUUGUUCGUCGCUAACUACACUUGGAACCGCACUUUCAAAAUCUUCCCUGUUUCAUUUUCUGUGUUAAAAAUUCUUGCAAAAGCUCUUUUCAUGUGAUCAAUGUGAUGAGUGAUGAGUCAGGGUUUAACAAUAUAUAACUAUUGGUCAUUUACCCCAAACUGUGCCCUUUUUAUCAUUAAUGAAACGGCUCAACCUCGUUGAGGAUGCUGCAUCUGCCCGCUUUCUCAUCUUCUCUACAUUCCCUUCUUAUGAAAGUCGGCGAGACUUUGUCCCAGCAGUUGUGUUAAAAAAUGCCCAGGAAUGAGUAUAAUCUCGUGCACAUGAACCGGCAUAGCAAACACCUGUUUAAAUAUGGAGUAAGUCUGACAACUGAAGAGACAACAUACAGUAAUCCGCGCAUUGUGCAUGUACACUUAAUAUCUACGUUCACCAUAGAUACAGCCACAAUACAGGGUGUCCGGAAAAUAGCUAUGUUCCAGGUUUUUACACAGCUAUUAGUGAGCUGUGAGCAUCGUAUGUGGCGGUGGUGGCACAACGGUUGAAUAUUGCAUUGCCGUCGCACAAGGUGGCUACACCUGUCUCUUUUGUGGCAAUGCAUGAUUUAUGACUCAUUUAUAAUUCAUUUCAUCAGAUGGUCAAGAAACCUUGACCACACCCACUGACCACACCCACUCCUCCUAAUUCUCAGCCAUCAUCGCUCAAAAUGAAAUGAUUUGAAAUUUCGGCAACGAUUGCAGGAAGGCUCGCGUUGCCGUCGCAAAGCAUGAUCUACACAAACAAUUUUUCGCAACCGAGCAAUGCCACGAUUUUACCGCCAUUAAUUGCAUUGCGAUCGCCAGAAAAUAUUGCCCAUGUAUCGAUAGCUUGAAUCAAAUGAUCGUAUUAUUAUUAUUAUGAAUGAUCUUUAAACACGGUAACCUUUCACAACAUACAAUAUGAGAAGAGAAUAAACUUAUUACUAAUAAACUAAAUUGUACUUAUUUUAUACGAUAUUUGAAUAUAAAAACAAUUAAGGUUUAUAUGCUGGUGUAGAUGUGAUCAUUUAAUGACUUAUCGACAAUUUUUAAACUUGUUGAGUCUCUUAGGAUUUUCAACAAGUUUAUUGAGAUGUUGUUCCAAUACGCGGCUCCUGUGUACGAAAAUUUAUUUUUCAAGAAAUUCGUCAUUUUGGUUUAGGUUGAAACAGCUUUAAAUUACUACUGCACAGUUCGUAACCACUAUUUUCACAAGUGUGAAAUAAUUGUGUUAUAUAUUGUGGAUGCACUAUUUUGCUGUUCAGAAUUGUGCUAAAUUUGUUCACCAAUAUGGCGGCCAAACUUUCAAAAUACUGCUGUUGUAUAAUGUGCUUGUUCAUGCAAAUGCAUGUUCAAGGGUCCUUUCCAAUGGAAAGGUGUUCUCAAGAGAUCAAAAUUAGAAUUUUGAAUUGCCCAUUGCAAAAGUGCUUAGAAGACGAAAAGAAGCGACCACUUUGAAAAUUUGUUUGACUUCUAAUUUAGAGAACGCACAUGCAAGUCGGAUAGGGAUGAGAGAAAACUGAUGCAGGAUUUCGGAAAUAUUAUUUUUAUUAAAUGAACUAUAGGGUACUGAUUCUCUUCAGUUCAGAAUUUUAAACAAAGUGCUGACUUUUGGCGGUGCAUUUGGAAAGUAUACAGAAUGCAAAUAUCAUGUUGCCAUCUGUGCAAAAAAACAUCUGCAAAAAGCCAUUAAUUUUGUGAUAAUUUUAUUUUUGUGUCAUACUUUGGGUGUCAAAUCAAUCAUUUAUCCAAUGAUAUCGAUAGAACACGUUUAUGAAAUAUCUUGAUAAAACGUCCAGAUGAAAUUUUGUAGUCUCACUGUAAGUUGUUCAUAAGUUAAGGCACGAAAUAAUUAACGCGCGGGUAACACUUUUGUUUUAAACCUAACCCGUAGCUACUCUACUAGUUCAUUAAUUUUGGACAACACAUUCGGCACUGCAUGGUGUCGGUAAAACAAACGGGUCCUUUACCAAAGCUGUGAACAUCUGCAGGACUUUACAAGCCAAGUAUGCUGCUCUAUAAAAGCCAGGCUGAACAUUCAACAAUUCAUUAUGCUCAAAAGUGAACAGUAAAACAUUCUGCUAAAUACAAAGUUGGUGUUGAAGAAGCGUUCGAGAAGCUGAACUCCUGCAAAAGUCAUGAAGAAUUUCUUGGUCAUCUUGCUUAUGUUAUCUACCAUGACCCUGUGCUUAGCGAAGCCGAAAUGGAUAUGGUUCGAUGAGGAAGAGAAGAAUGAUGGGAAUUUCAACGAUGAAGUCUUGACAAGAGAAAAAGGAAAGAAUGAGGAGAAUCUGUUGAAAGAAUGGAAGAAAGCUUAUGAUCGUUCAGAAGAACAAGCAAAACCAAAGCCUAAGUGCCCAAUAUUUCACUGUGGGUGACACUAUAUAUAACUUUAAACUUCUAUAUAUUAACAUCAUACAGUAGUAAUUAUAUAAACAAUUCAUGAUAGUGAUAAUA